UGAUUGACUUAGGUUUACUAUGAAUAUCUUAUUUUGUGUCUCAUAAAAUCAUAAAUAAUGCCUUUGCCUUAGGACCCUUUAUUGCACCAAAUUUAACCGAUUAAAACCGCAAAUAAAUAAACAAAAACCUGCCACAUGAAUCCAAUAAAAUCCACCUACCCUCCACUGCCGUUGCCUUCACGAGUGCUUCAUUUGUGACCCGUUUUUCUCUUCACCCCUCCUCCACCCCAUGCAUGAGUCCCCAUUACUUCCUUUGAUAUAGGGAUUCUCCUUUGACUUCAAUUGCAACCCUCAACAGAUAUCCCUAAUUUAUUACUCCCUUCAUUUUCACAACAAGUUGCAAAGACAUCACAAGCAGAAGAACAACAAAACAAAACACAACACUGCACAAACCGAGUGUUGACUGUGUUUUGUGGGGUACCUUAACCCUCCUCCCAAAAUCUCAUUUUUAAGUUCAAAGCUCGAGCCUUUCAUAAAAAAUAAUCUACCCUUUUCCUCAUUUAAGCAAACCACACUGACUUCACUCCCUUCUCACAAUGCCGAGUCAGUCCGAGUCACCCGGCUACUCACUGAGUCAACUCGCUCAGAACAUGUUCUCCGACGACAACAACAGCAACAUCAUGCUCGCAGCCAUAGUUUCGUUGCUCCUAGUCAUCCUCUUCGUCCUCCUACUCCACGUGUACGCCAGGUGGUUCCUGUCUCAGGCGCAAUUACAUUCCCACACUCGCCGGCGGCAAUCUCCGGCGACCGUCUCCGGCGUUCUGGAACCUUCUCAUUUCCACAGCAUCAACAUAGAAUCCUCACCCACGUGCACCAAAGGCCUCGACUCGGCGACAGUUUCGGCGAUUCCCAUGUUUGUGCACGGAACAGAGAAAACAGAGGAAUCAGGGGAAACAGGAGAAACAGAGGAAUUGGAAUGCGUUAUUUGUUUGAGCCUCAUUGAAGAGGGUGAGGUUGGAAGGAGUUUGCCAAAGUGUGGACACGCUUUCCACGUGGAGUGCAUUGACAUGUGGUUGAGUUCGCACUGCAAUUGUCCAAUUUGUAGAGCUCCUAUUGUGGUGGUGAGUAGCGAUUCUGAAUUGGGUUCUGUUGAUAGUGAUGGUGAUGGUGUGUUUGAGAUUGUGGUUGUUACUCCGGGUUAUGAGAUUAGUGAGAGUGAGCGUGAGGAUGAUGGUGAUGGCGAUUCUGUUCCAGAAACUUUUUCAUCUUUGUUGGGUUGCUCUUGGAAGAGAUUGCUGAGUAAAGUUUUUGUGUCAUCUGAUGUAAUGGUUCACAAUGAAAUAUGAACUUUUGUCAAUGUUUA